AUGCCGGCCCUCUUGGAAUCUAGCCCAGAAGCCAAGGAGAUCGAUGGCCCUAGUUCCGCCAAGGCCGAUACUGAUAUCGGCACAGGCACCGUCUCCUUCGACACCCUCACCGAGGCUUUCGGUCCCUCCUCGCUCGGCAUUAUCAUUGUGAAAGACCUCCCCCAGCACUUCGCCCAAUUGCGGGCGCAGGUCCUCUCCCAUGCAUCGUAUCUCGCAGCACUUCCAGAAUCAGAACUGGAAUCCCUCGAAAGCCCCGAGUCCAAGUACCUAGUCGGCUGGUCCUGCGGCAAGGAAACGCUCAAGUCAGGAACUUUCGACACGCUCAAGGGCUCAUACUACGUCAAUUGUGCGUUCUAUCAGGAUCCAGCUCUGCAGGGCGCCCCCGCCGACGGAUUCCCCGAUCUGCCCCAGUACACCGCGCCGAAUAUCUGGCCACCAGAGGCUAAGCUGCCCAGCUUCCGGCCCAGCGUCGAGGCACUCUGCUCGCUAAUCAUCGACACGGCGGCGCUCGUCGCGAAAGCCUGUGAUCGGUACGCCGAGGCAAAUGUCGAGGGCUAUAAGCCCGGGUACCUCACACAUGUGGUGAAGACCAGUCUCACGACCAAGGCGCGCCUGCUACACUAUUUCCCCGCAGCAGCACUCACCUCCUCGGCAACGGAGGAGCCCAAUGUUGAUGACGAUGACUGGUGCGCCACACACGUCGAUCACGGCUGCCUGACCGGCCUGACAUCGGCCAUGUUCCUCGACGAAGCAGCCACCCUGCCCAUUCCAGACCCCUCGCCCACCACCUCCCUCCGCGAACUGCCCCAGUCCCCCGACCCUGCAGCGGGCCUGUACAUCCGUUCGCGCACAGGCGCCAUCGUCAAAGUCAACAUCCCCAAGGACUGCCUCGCGUUCCAGACGGGCGAGGCGCUGCAGCUCAUCACGCAGGGCAAGUUCCGGGCCGUGCCGCACUUUGUGAAGGGGGCGAAGUGCCCCGGUGGAAAGCAGAAGAUUGCGCGCAAUACGCUGGCGGUGUUUACGCAGCCGAAUCUGGAGGAGGAGGUGCAGAAGGGGCUGACCUUUGCGGAGUUUGCGAGGGGGGUUGUUGCGAAGAAUUACGAAGGGGCGGCUGUAUAG